AUGAGGAGCACCGGAAAGCCCGAGUCAGCCAAAGGCAUGCAGCAGAGCGUGUGUGCGCUCGCAGCGUCGCAGCGUCGCGCGUUUCGUGGAGGGGAGGCUGCUGGAGCUAUCAUUUUUUCCCUUCUGUCUCUCUCUCUGUCUUGUCUCCUCAGGUCAAUGGAGGAGCACAACGGACGGGAGGUCGUGGCUGGAGGAACAAAAUCAAGGUGCGCAGGUUUCGUGGAGGGGAGGCUGCUGGAGCUAUCAUUUUUUCCCUUCUGUCUCUCUCUCUGUCUUGUCUCCUCAGGUCAAUGGAGGAGCACAACGGACGGGAGGUCGUGGCUGGAGGAACAAAAUCAAGGGUUUCGUGGAGGGGAGGCCGCUGGAGCUAUCAUUUUUUCCCUUGUGUCUCUCUCUCUGUCUUGUCUCCUCAGGUCAAUGGAGGAGGAGCACAACGGACAGGAUGUCGUGGCUGGAGGAACGAAACCAAGGGUUUUGUGGAGGGAAGGCCGCUGGAGCUAUCAUUUUUUCCCUUCUGUGUCUCUCUCUCUCUCUCUCGUCCCCUCAGGUCAAUGGAGGAGGAGCACAACGGACGGGAGGUCGUGGCUGGAGUUUCGUGGAGGGGAGGCUGCUGGAGCUUUCACCGUUUUCUCCCUCUCCUUCCUUUCCAGGUCAUGGCGGAGGAGCAGAAGAAUGGCACGGCACGGCACUGCUCGGCACGGCACGGCACGGCUGAAGGAGAAGCUGGGAAUGGCACCCACAGCUACUAAUCCUUCCACGCCGAGCCUCUACCGGUUUGGACCUAACCGACACCAACCUGCGCUAAACGCAUCCACCAGGAUUCGAACCCCUGACCGGAGGUUCACUAUAGGCUGUCCGGCUGGUUCGUUCGCCAGAGCAGCAGAAAUUCCGGAGGCGGAGAGCACGAACGUGCGAUACGAUCCGAGCUUCGAUGGCAAGCCAGUACUGGCGGUUGGGACGGAGGCUCGGUUGCGUGCAGAUGGAAGAGAGGAGGGAGAAAGCGACGGAGGAGAAUCAGAGGAGAGCGAGAGUAGAGAGGGAAGGGAGGAGGUGGACGGCAGAGGAGAGCAAACGAGACGUGAGACGAGAGCAAGGGAAGUGGAGGGAGGCGGUUGGAAGCGUGGAGGGAGGGGAGGAUUCGAGGGAACAGAGGAGGAGAAAAAAGCAGUGGCUGUGAUUGCUGGAGUGUUGAAGAAGAAAUUUGGGCCUCAGAUUGUGAGAGAGGAGGGGGAGGAGGGGUUCACAGACGAAAUGAUUACAGAUGAGGAGGAGGCUAAGGGACGACACGAAGAGGAAGAGGAGGGGUAUGGGGAUGAAGAAACAGAGUGCUCAGAAGGUGAGGAGGUAGAGGAUGGGGAAGGAAAGGAGGGGGAAGAAGCAGAAGGCGAAGCAGAAGCAGAAGCGAGUGAGGGGGACGGACCACCCACCACAUCUCCUCUCACAACCCCACCUCCACUCUACAGCCGGCGGGCUGUAUUUCCCUCCUCCCUCCUCUCCCUCUACCGCUUCUUCUCCUCCCACCUCGGCAUAUCGUCCCCUUCCACUGUCGCCUCUCUCCUCGCCACCCACCCUGCCCUCCUGCGUUCCGAUCCGGCCAGUGACCUUCUGCCACGUGUCCACCUCCUCCAGUCAUAUGGCGUAUCCCGUGCUGACAUCUCAGCCAUCACCAUGAGAAAAGCUUCCUGGCUCCGAAACUCCCUUCCCCAGGUUCGGGAAAUGCUUGACUUUUUCUUGGCUCGAGGCAUGCACCGUACCAAGCUAGGUUCAGUUCUUCGAAGGUCUGCAUAUCUCAUUCGCACACAGGUUCGUUCAACGAACCUGGACAUUCUGGUGGAGAGAGCAGGGGUUCCUGUCGACAAGCUGGGUGUGAUUAUAGAGAAAGCUCCAGAUAUCCUCUUCUUGAGGGAAGAAACCAUGCGAAGUCGUCUCGAGCAAGUAUCAGCAUAUUUUCUAAAAGGAUACGAAAGAGGAAUCGUCAGCAGCGGGCACCUGAGGCAACACUUGAAUUGGCAGGACCAGGACAAAACUCACCUGAGAAAACUCCUGGUGCAAUAUCCAGCUAUCCUCCUCAAAUCUUCAGAGCGCAUCCGUGACAUCCUCAGUCUCCUCCAGUCCUUCACUCCCCCUGACAGCCCCUCCAUUGCCGCCCGGAUUCUCCGCCAGGCCCCCUCUCUCGUCCACUUCAGCUCUCAAAAUGUUUUAGCUAAGCUCCAGUUUUUAGUGGAACUGGUGGGGAAGAAGGCAGCAGCGAGAGUGGUGAGAAGCCAUCAGAUGGUUCUUCUUCUAUCCGUAGAGAACAUGCAAGAGAAGGUGGUAUUGUUGAGUGAUCUGAUUGGUCGAGGGAACGCAGUUCUUGCAGUGGCUCGGUCUCCUUUGCUGCUGGCAUCUAAUGGGGAGAAUAUUAAGAAGGGUUUUAGAGAACUCGUGCGAGAAGUGGAAGAGGCACUGGAGGAGAGUGGAGGAGAGGAGAUUGGGAGGCAAAUGCUCGAGGAAGGUGCAAGGAAGCGUGUGCGAGAAGUGGAAGUGGCAUGGGAGGGUGGUGAAGGUGAUGGGUACGCACGAGAAAGCCCGACUUUUGAAACAUCUCAAGUGGAUGCAAGAGAACGUGCGGAGCAAGGGGGGAGCGAUGCUGGCUGUCAAGCAGGGUCCAAGGCCUGCGCUGGAGAAGAAGCAGAAGACCAAGGACCAGGACCAGGACCAGGUUCUAAGAGCGUUGCUGGCACCACAGCUCAUGAGGUGGUGGUGAAUCUGGUGGUUAAAUUUCCGACAUUCAUCAGCUACAGUUGGGGGAAAAACAUGAGGCUCAAGGUGGACUACUUAAAGCGGGACAUGGGGCUCUCUAUAAAGGAGGUGCUUGUGUUCCCUUUCUUCCUUGGGUACAGCUUGGAUCGGCGAAUCAGACCGCGACAUGUGGCACUGGUGAGCCAAGGCUAUGUGUUGGUGCCACAUGAGGUAGCUCUUCCAGUAAAGCGUGGAGAGAGGGAAUGGCACUUCGAAAGAGUUGGAAGUGCAGAAGAGAAGGAACUGGAGGAUGGGGAGGAUGAGGGUGAGAAAGAUGAAUGUGGGUUGGGGAAGCAUGAGUACGGAAGUGCAAUGAAUUCAACCCAAGACAGCUAUGCUGCGUUAGGGAGAAAAGGGGCUGUGGGGCAGAGAGGUGUGAUUUGGCAGCAGGGAAGGAAGGCAGUGUGCUUGGUUCAGUUCCUUACAGGCUCAGACAAGCAAUUCAAAAAGCGAUUCAAUGUCAAGCUCGCACCGUUUAUGCCGUAA